UAACCGAUUGACGAACAAAAACUGAAGCUCAGUCCGAUUCGGGAAGCCGAUCGCGAAAGAUCAUUUCUAACGGUUUCAAACAGUGAAAGUUCUUAAAUAGUGGUCACAUAGUACACUUAAGCAUAAUGUCCUCCGCCAGCACCAUAGUCCUGUGGCUUCUGGUGGGAAGUGUUUUGCUGCUGGAACCGGCCUUUGCUUGGAAAAGAUUUUGGCGUGGUCGAAAGUUUACCAAAGAUGAACCGAGUCGUGAUACCAAAUUGUAUUCUUCCGGUUUGGAUCAGAAUGUGCAGACUUUAUGGUUCGAUCAAUUGUUGGACCAUAAUGAUGCUACUAAUCCGACAACUUGGAAGCAACGGUACUAUGUGAAUGACAAAUUCUUCAAACCCGAUCAGAAUGGGCCGGUGUUUUUGAUGAUUGGUGGUGAGGGAGAAGCAACGGCCAGAUGGAUGUCCGAGGGUGCGUGGAUUCACUACGCUGAAAAGUUCAACGCCCUCUGUUUCCAGCUGGAGCAUAGAUUCUACGGCAAAAGCAAGCCAACGGCGGAUCUGUCAACUCGUAACCUUACUUACCUGACUUCGGAACAGGCCUUGGCUGAUUUGUCGUACUUCAUCGAGUCGAUGAACCGAAAGUACAAUCUGACUCCCGAAAACCGCUGGAUCUCAUUCGGUGGAUCUUACCCAGGAUCACUGGCCGCAUGGCUCCGGGAGAAAUAUCCGCAUCUUAUCCACGGAUCCAUCAGUAGCAGUGGACCACUGCUGGCCAAGAUCGAUUUCAAAGAAUACUUCCAGGUGGUCAUUGCCUCCCUACAGAGUUAUUCAAAGGAUUGUACCGGAUACAUCCAAACGGCAAUGACCCAGAUCGAAACUAUGCUGAAACACAUGGUCGGUCAGCGCAGCCUGAGCGAUAAAUUCAAACUUUGCGAUCCGGUGGAAAAGUCCAUCUCGAACCCCCUGGACAUCCAGAGCCUUUUCGAGACGGUGGCCGGCAACUUUGCCGGCGUGGUUCAGUACAACAAGGAUAACAGCCCCCAUGCCAAGAUCACCAUCGAUCAGGUUUGCGACGUGAUGGCCAACCAGACCAUUGGACCACCAGUUACUCGUCUGGCCGCCGUCAACGCCAUGGUCAUGAAGCAGGAUAACGUGACCUGCCUGGAUUACGUGUACAGCAAGACGAUCAAGCAGAUGCAGAACGAGUCCUGGGAAUCGGGUGUGGCCAAUGGAGCUCGCCAAUGGACCUUCCAAACGUGUAACGAGUUCGGCUUCUACCAGACCUCGGGCCAGACCGGUUCCGUUUUCGGAGACCGCUUCCCGGCGGAUUUCUUCGUGCGUCAAUGUGCCGACAUCUACGGGCCCCAGUACAGUGAGCAAACGUUGAUCCGAGCCGUGGAGCGUACCAACACCAUCUACGGAGCCCUGAAUCCUUCGACCACCAACGUGCUGUACGUACACGGUUCCAUCGAUCCUUGGCACGCCCUAGGGCUGACCGAAUCUAACAGCAUCCAGCAGCCGACGAUCUACAUCGAGGGAACCGCCCACUGUGCCAACAUGUACGAACCCAAGGAGGACGAUUUCCCACAGCUGAAGGAGGCUCGGGAACGGAUUGUCGCCUUUAUCGGAUCUCUGUUGGAUCAGCAUGUCGAUUGAUGAGGAUACCUACUUCUGGAAACUGAAAUUUGAAGACAGUUUUAAAAUUUGAGUCUGGAGUUUUUCUGUUUAUUGUUAAAAUUAGAUUAAUAAAAAAAACAGCAACAAUCAA